GAUGUACUUCCGGUUGCUUGUGGAGCACUUCCUUGCCUUGCAUAUGUGAGUGUGACUCUUGCUCGUAACCUAUCUGAGCCUCAAUAACUUGAAAAAUGUUGCUUUUAUCAAACAGAAUAAAAGUAUGUUCUCUCGCGUUUACCUUCGCGCGCGUGUACAGCAGCGGCCCUGCAGUUGCCAACAAAAACCCCACGGUGUACUUUGACAUUGCUGCAGACAACCAGCCCCUCGGCAGGGUAACCUUUGAGCUCAACGCAGACGUUGUGCCAAGGACUGCAGAGAACUUCAGAGCGCUUUGCACAGGGGAACAGGGCUUUGGUUACAAGGGAUCGAUUUUCCACAGGGUGAUCCCCCGGUUCAUGUGCCAGGGUGGAGAUUUUACCAACCACAAUGGAACUGGAGGGAAGUCUAUUUAUGGAUUGAAGUUCUCUGAUGAGAACUUCAAGCUGAAACACACUGGACCUGGUAUCUUGUCUAUGGCCAAUGCUGGACCCAACACCAAUGGAUCCCAGUUCUUCAUCUGCACCUCUAAAACAGAAUGGCUCGACGGCAGGCAUGUUGUCUUUGGCAGCGUGAAGGAGGGACUGGACGUGAUCAAGAAAGUGGAGUCUUUCGGUUCCCAGUCUGGGCGAACGUCCAAGAGGAUCACUAUCGCAGACUGCGGAGAGCUGGAGUAGACUCUGCGCAGAGGACACAGUCCUAGUCUCAUCUUCUGCUGUAAUUUCUACGCAAGGGUCGGAGUGAAAGAGGGCCUUUCUUCAUCAUGGCACAUAGUGCUUCCUCUCUCUAGAGGAAAAGAUUAUCUCAGUCAGUUUUUUAUUCUGUUAGUCUUUCUCUGGGUGAAGCGUUUAACUGUGACAGUGUAAAAUGUGAAGAGGCAAUAAAUUGCAAACAAUAAAACAUUUUUUCUAAAUAUAA